GGUGAGAAAGUAGGCGCCAAGUUCAACUGCCAAAUCGGAAAGCUCAGAAGCAUUUCAAUGAUGUUGAUCAAAGCUUCCGUUUCCAAAGCUUGGAAACACCAAAGGCUAAAGGAGUUCAAAUUAUACACAGCACAUCAAUCCAAUCUCAGUGAAAUUAUAUCCACAAACAUUGCUAUAAGCAAUUAUGCAAAACAAUCAAAACUGGAUGUUGCCCGCCAACUGUUCGACCAGAUGCCUCAGCGAACUGUCGUGUCGUGGAACACUAUGAUAUCUAGCUACUCAAAGCAUGGACGAUUCAGUGAAGCUCUAUUUCUAGUUUACUCCAUGCACCGCAGCCAUAUGAAGCUCAGUGAAUCCACGUUCUCGUCGGUUUUGAGUGUUUGUGCUCGUUUGAGGUGUUUGCGCGACGGGAAGUUGAUCCAUUGUCUUGUUCUAAAAUCUGGGUCGGAGAGUUUUGAGCUUGUGGGGAGUGCUUUGCUGUAUUUUUAUGCAAGUUGCUUUGAAAUUGGGGAGGCACGGCGGGUUUUUGAUGUGUUGGUUCGGAGGAAUGAGGUGUUGUGGAGUUUGAUGCUUGUGGGGUAUGUGACUUGUAAUGUGAUGGAUGAUGCUUUGAGUGUGUUUGUGAAGAUGCCGAGGAGAGAUGUUGUUGCCUGGACGACUUUGAUUUCUGGGUUUUCUAAGAAUGGGGAUGGUUGUGGGAAGGCCUUGGAGAUGUUUAGGUUGAUGAUGAGGAGUGGUGAAACGACUCCAAAUGAGUUUACUUUUGAUUGUGUGGUGAGGGCUUGUGGUAGACUCGGGAUUUUGAGUGUAGGGAGGACUGUUCAUGGGCUUUUGAUGAAAUGUGGGUUGGAAUAUGAUCCCUCAAUUGGAGGGGCUCUUGUUGAGUUCUAUUGUGAAUGCGAAGCUAUUGAUGAUGCCUUGAGAGUGUGUAAAGGUGUUGUUAACCCGUGUUUAAAUGCUUUGAAUUCCUUAAUUGAAGGGCUUAUAUCGAUGGGCAGAAUUGAGGAUGCUGAGCUGGUUUUUAACGGAAUGACAGAGAUGAAUCCAGUUUCAUAUAACUUAAUGAUUAAAGGGUAUGCAGUUGGUGGUCAAAUGGAUGAUUCUAAGAGAUUGUUUGAGAAAAUGCCUUGCAGAACUAUAUUUUCUUCAAAUACUAUGAUUUCGGUGUACUCUAGGAAUGGAGAAAUUGAUAAAGCUUUGGAGCUUUUUGAAGAAACUAAGAAUGAAAAAGAUCCUGUGACAUGGAAUUCAAUGAUAUCGGGUUAUAUUCAUAGUGGUCAACCUGAAGAGGCUUUGAAACUAUAUAUAACAAUGCACAGAUUAUCAAUACAACAAACUCGAUCUACAUUCUCUGCUCUGUUCCAUGCAUGUUCAUGUCUUGGAUCCCUUCAGCAAGGACAAUUACUGCAUGCCCAUCUGAUUAAAACACCAUUUGAAUCAAAUGUUUAUGUUGGAACAUCCCUCAUAGAUAUGUACUCCAAAUGUGGGAGCAUCAUGGAGGCUCAAACAUCUUUUGUGAGCAUCUUUUCACCCAACGUGGCAGCUUGGACGGCUCUGAUCAAUGGUCAUGCAUAUCAUGGGCUCGGGUCUGAGGCAAUUUCACUCUUUGAUCAUAUGAUAGAGCAAGGAUUAGCCCCAAAUGGAGCUACUUUUGUUGGAGUUCUGUCUGCUUGUAGUCGUGCAGGUCUGGUCAAUGAAGGAAUGAAAUUUUUCCACUCAAUGGAGAGAUGUUAUAGUGUAACCCCAACAUUAGAACACUAUGCAUGUGUGGUUGAUCUUCUGGGCCGAUCAGGCCAUAUACGAGAAGCAGAGGAGUUUAUCAAGAAGAUGCCACUUGAAGCAGAUGGGGUUGUCUGGGGAGCAUUGCUUAGUGCUUGUUGGUUCUGGAUGGACCUGGAAGUGGGUGAGAGAGUGGCUGAGAAGAUGUUUAGUUUUGAUCCCAAGCCAAUCUCUUCUUAUGUUAUUUUGUCCAACAUAUAUGCAGGGCUAGGGAGGUGGAGGGAGAAGAUGAUGGUAAGGAAGAUAUUGAGGGGUUUCAAAGUGAAGAAGGAUCCUGGAUGUAGUUGGAUUGAGCUUAACAAUAAAAUUCAUGUGUUCUCUAUAGAAGAUAGAUCCCAUCCAUAUUGUAAUAUGAUUUAUGCAACUUUGGUGCACCUAACAGCAAAUAUAAACUCAGUUGUUCAUUUUGAUCAUGUUUCUAUACCAAUAACACAGGCUGUUAAUUUCAGCACACCAUCCUUUAAUUAGCACAUUUUCAGAUUUCUAGUCUUCUGCUGGUGGCUGAUCUAUCUGAUUUAAAAUAAUCUCUUAAGAUUCAUCUUCUUCCUUCAUACUUCUGUGAUUUCAUUGCCUUAUUGUGCUGUUAUUGCACAUUUUUAUGUUUGUAAUGUCUCAACUGCACUUCAUGGAUGGUGUUUUGAUUUUAUACUUUUAUUCACUCAAAGUUUUGUUUGUUUUUGUUUUUAUUUUUGAUCAUUGAGCUCAUUUCUUUCCUCAAUCUUCUCCUUUUCUUGGAAUACCCGAGUUUAUUAGCAAGUUCACAUCUUGUAUCAUUGAAUUUGUAGUUUGUAGACAGUGCCCCAUCAGAUGUAGUUUGUAGACAUUCCUGGUUUUCCAUAUGAAAUAACUAGAAUAGCCCUGAAAAGGUGCCUAUCAAAAAAAAAAAUAGCCCUGAAAAGGCACUGAGAAUUUUUUUACUUCCACAUGGCCUGUCAACUACUUGGUGAAAUCUAUGACUCCGAAUGGUUUAUCACACUUUAUGGUCAGUGGGAUGACCAUAAAGGAGGUAUAAGUGAUACUCCACUGUUCAUGAUUACAAUAGGCAUUCUUCUUCAAGGCAUCUUUUAGUUGUUUCAGUGAUUUGUAAAUGGGUUGGUUUCAUGGCAGGUCCUCGAAUCUGACGGCUUACAAUUGUGAAACAAAAUAUUCCUCAGCCUUGACUUGUGGUUUUGUCAAAUUGAAAGAUUGUUGUGCUGUCAAAUCAAGUAAUGAUGGCUGACAAGGAUUUGCUAUUGCUGAAUGGGUUCUCAGCACAUAUUCUUUAUGCACAGCUAAAGUGGAUUCACAAAUCUUUCUUCUCGUGUCUGCUGGCAACAGUGACGUUGAUUAGUGAGAUGCUGCUUUUGCCUUUUGGGCACCUAAAACUCUGAUCAUUGUUUAGCAUUUAAGAGAUUGGGUUAUUUAGAAGAACAGAGUUAUGAAAUUAAGUAUGAGAAAAGUUGGCUCACCACUACCACCAGGGGAGAACCAUACAUUGCUACAGAGGCAACUAGUCCAACGCUGCCAACAAACAUCUUGCGGUGAUGGUGAUCAUGGAGCACAAAAGAUGAGAUAAUAGCGGUGAUGCAGAACACUGUGACAACAGCUGAUGAAGCUUUACGACCACUAAAUUCCCUUAAUCAGAUGCAUCAAACCACGGCCAUCAGCUUACAGACUCAUGGAAGGAAUCCCAUCGUUUUGCACAGGUUGUUUCCUCGCUCGGCCACUUGCUGAUGGGAAAUGUUCUUUGGAUUGCAGGUAUGUCUAAUGGGGGAUGAACUCAAGCAACCAUGUGGGAGGUUGAUGGGAAAUCUUUUAUGUAUUGUCAACAUUGAUGCUGGGUUUUGAACCAAAUGAUAGAUGAGAAAUGGGAAUAUAUUCCUCUGCUAAAA